CCUUGUACGGAGGUUGCGUGUGUCACUCGUCCGCGCUGGAUACUUGAGAACUUUGCGACGAAUACUCCUAUAUACUAUAAAAUCUUAAAAAAUUGAAACAUGAGUGCCACAGAAGUAAUUUCGGUCGACUCAGGCCUGGGUCGCAAUUCGUUACCUGAUUUUCAGUCUAGUGAAGAAGCAAGUUCUCCAGGAUCGUUUGCCAGAAGUCGUCGAUCCUUUAGAAGAUCAGGCCGUUCCUCAGACAGCACCUCGUCAGAAAAAGCUCCUUUCCUGAGCUCCUUCUCGAGGUCCUCGCUGAGGUCCGCCUCCUGCCGAGGGUCGCCCUCCCCCGCCCGCAAGCUCACCACCCCUCAGGGUCCCAACCUGGCCACGGCCUCCCGCAACCGCCAGUGUAAAUGUUCAGAAGUUCAUCACCACGGCCCUCAUGGACACAUCACUCCUGUCGUGCCCAGAGUACCUCUGGAACGAGAACGUGCAACCCGUCGCAGUCGAGGAGCCGCCGUAGCAGACGACGACAAAAACAAAACUGCGUCGACGAGACUCCCUGACGCUGGAAGCAAGAAGCCCUCUAGAGAGGAACGUAAGUGUUCCCGAGAUGGAAGGGACACUUCGCGUGAUGGAAAAGACACAGAUGGAAGAGAUGCUUCUCAAGAUGGCCGAAAAUCUUCUCUGAGUAAGGGAAUCUCACUCAAUGCAAGAAAGAUUUCAGGGAAUGACAACAAUCGUGAUGGACUAGAAAAGAAUUUGCAGUCCAUCGUCCCAGCUUCCGAAGAGAAAUUGGCUAAUAGAAAAGGUUCGGUCACCACCAUGGUUAAGUGGGUGCCCUGGUUGGCUGAGAAACGUUACUCCACCACCCUCACCAUCUCACCCUCUGCUCCACCAACUGUUACCUCCACUGUAAAACAGGUCGAGUCGAACAAGGGCCUUCAUUGCUACUACCCUCAGCAGCCGAAGAUGAAGGUCAUCCAGACAUCAUCAUCAUCAGCCAUCCAGCCAUCCUUCCUCACCUCCAUCGGCGCUCCUCCAGCCAUCAUCGCUCGUCUCUCCAUGGCUUGAAGUGGAAUUAACGAAUAGAAACAGAAGAUAAAGAUUGCUUUAUGAACAAAAAAAAAAGAUUGGUUUAUGAAGAAAAAAAAAAAGAU